GCUGAGUCAGGAUCUGUCCAACGUGAAUGUCUCGGUGGUGGGCAGGACCACCAUUUCUGGAGGCCAUGGAGGAAUUGGCGGAGGAUUUGGAGGCGGAAGUGGAUUCGGAGCUGGAAGUGGAUUCGGAGGCGGAAGUGGAUUUGGAGGAGGAUGUGGAAUUGGAGGUGGCAUUGGAGGAGGUGGAAUCGGAGGAGGCAUGGUAGGAGGCGGGUAUGGAGGCAGCUGUGUCAGUGGAGGUGGCAUGAUCAGCGGUGGUUACUCCUCUGGAAGCGGAAGAGGCUUCAGCUGUGGCGGAGGCAGCAUCGGAGGUGGAUCCUCCUCGUCUGUCAGGAGAUGCACCACAACUACGACCGUCAAAUCUUCAGGGGGAAAGUGUUAAGCCUGGGAGUCCUUCUUCCCAGGGCAGGAAAUAUCUCUUCUGCUCUCCUGGCUGCAGCACAGCCCCUCUCCACCCACUCCUGGCAUCCAGAAAAGAAACGAACUGUGCCCCUGGCUGCUCAACCCCCUCCAUAGACCCUCUUCUGCCAACUGCCCGUGCUCCUAGGGGGAGCCGUGUGAGAAGACACCACCCUCUUGGACACUGCCACCGUGGGCCUAGGUUUUCAGCAAGCUCCAGAGUCUUGUUCAGACCUAAGCAAUAUUGCAAAGUUAGGGAGCUGUGCCAGGAAACGCAUCCCUGGAGGCUAGCAGUUAGCAGAGGGUGGAUGAAGGGAGGAGCGCUCUGCCUCUCUCGCUGUGCUGUACCUGUUGAACUGUUGAGACUGCCCUGUGGCAAUGUGUAUAAAACUCCUUCUUCCCUUCUCUUUCCUGAGCCUUCUUCUUCAAUGGCCACGUUUCCUUGGGUGCUCUAGUUUACUGCAUCGCACGUCCUGCAUUUGCUCGCUUUACAAACAGCAGUAGGCCAUGCUUUCCCACAUUGAAGUAACAGUUCAGCCCAGACAGAACGGAGUAGGAGGAAACUUCUCUGCUGGUGUUUGGAGAGGUCAAUACAUCCUCUAUCUGGAACGAGUAGGCAGAUGCAAUAUUUGGGUAACCCCGGGUAUACUCUAGCCAACCUUCCCCAAAAUGAGUGGGUAUUAAUCCUGCUUGUGUCCUCUCAAUUGUUAGUUGUACUCAGUUCUGCCUGAUGUGUGCAUGGCUUCUUUUUAAGGUAACAGAUCAAAAUGUUCUCUGCAAAGUCUUCUGUGAUGUGGAAUGUGCUGGUAUUGUAUUGUCUCCUUACCUU